AAUGACCGGGCGACCGAGAAGUGGGUGCUCAACUCAAGUCAAAUCAACUAAGAUGUCAGUGGGUUUGGUGGUAAAUAUUUCAUUAUUUUUACAACGCAUGUAGUAUUUUUUAUUAAUUUAAAUUUGUAAAUUUUAUGUAUAAAAUGGAAACCAAAGUAGCUAUAGUAACAGGAAGUAACAGAGGCAUUGGGUUCGAGAUUGUUAAAGGAUUAUGUCAGAAAUUUGAUGGUGCUGUGUACCUCACAUCUAGAAACGAGGAAAGAGGACGAAAAGCUGUGAAGAAACUUGAAGAGUUAGGCCUCCGACCUUUGUUCCACAUCUUAGAUGUCACAAGUGAAGAGAGCAUUCAGGAAUUUGGGGCAUACAUUUCAGCUCAUCACUCUGGAAUUGAUGUGUUUGUGAAUAACGCCGGUAUAUUGGAUUUUGAUAAGGCAGUUUCUUCAUAUGAAGACGCUAAUAAACUUAUCAAUACAAAUUUUAUGAGCCUUUUGACUAUAUCCAAAGUACUAUAUCCAUUGUUGAAGAAUGAUGCACGUAUUAUCAAUAUAAGCAGUGAUUGGGGUUUGUUAUCUAAUAUAAGAAAGCAGAUAUGGCUAGAUACGUUAGUCAAGGAUGACCUUACUAUUGAAGAAAUACUACAGUUUGUAACUGAUUUCCUUCAAGCUGUUAAAAAUGGCAAGGGUGCAAUGGUUUCAUUUGCGGGACACUUCGGAGAUUAUAAAGUUUCAAAAGUAGCUAUGUCUGCACUUACAUUUGUGCAGCAACGGCAGUUUAAGGAACAAGGAAAAGAUAUAUCAAUAAACUGUGUACAUCCAGGUUUUGUAAAGACCGAUAUGACUAAAGGCAUGGGAGAUUUUUCACCAGAACGUGGAGCAAGAGCCCCGUUAUACUUGGCACUGGAGGCCCCACAAACACUUAAGGGCACAUUUGUUUGGCACGACUGUCAUCAAGUGAACUGGGAUGAUUAAAUGAUGAAAUUGAUAAACUUUUGUGUAAAGCUCUGUUAAUCCUGUGAUAACAGUGUCAACCACACUUUAAAAUGUAAUAUAUUAUCUUUUACUGUGA